AGAGACGGAUUUUUUUUUUUGUGUGUGAGUUAAAUUCAAAAUAAAGAAACGAAAACACAAUUACCGCUGCACGAACGGUUUACGGAAAAGCGCGUUUUUUUUCUACUCAUCAUCUCGUUACUUGUAAAUGCCCCAGUGUUUAACUGCCAACAUACAUGUCCAUAAUAAUUUUUGUUUUAACAACAACGAAAAAAAAGUGGCAAUAAAGAAAAGUGUAUAAUGGGAGUGAUUCAAUGCCAAUUGGAUACAUAAUAAGGCAUAGAAAAAUGCAAUAAGAAAAUCGUCUAUGAGAGAAAUAUGAAAAUCUAUGAGAAAAUAUGUAUGUCCCCCACGAAAAUCUAUGGAAAAUAAGAAAAUAUACAAAAACGCCAAAUGAUAUGAAGCAAUAAAAGAAGAAUUUGUUGCAAAAAUUACACAAAGCUUUUGUUGAAAUAUAAGGAAUCUUAAAUUUUUAUUUCUAAUGUUGUGAGUUCUUAUUCAAAAAUUCUGUGAACGUGUUUACAGUGCAUACAGCUUUCCACAAAAAUGUGUGGUUCUAGUUGUUUAAAAUUUAUGAAAAAAUAAAAAUAAAUUACCACACAAAAACCCCCCCUAGAGCCCAUACUAUCUCUACUACACCAGCCAUUCAGCCAUUUAGCCAUCCAUCCAGCCAGCCACCGAGUCCCAGCAACACCAAACAGCAAGCAAACAGAGCCUAAGAAAAAAAAAAGUAAAGAAAAAAAAUUAAAAGGCGAAAAGAAAUAUUUUUCAACGAGUCAAACGGGUUCUUAACGCUCUAUACACAGUGAAAUACAACAACAGCAACAAAAUACAAAAAAAAAAAAAUAUAUAUAUCCAACAAAACCAACUAAAGUUAUAGUUGCCAGCAAGUUUGGUGUUUAUAUAUUGUGAUUGUCUCUCUGGUUUUUGUUUUGUUUUUGGCUUUUCAUCAUUGGCUUUACUGGUUGGAAAAAUUGCAAAACAAACAACAACAAAAAAAAAAAAAUACACAAAUCUCCAAAGGAAUACAAUCUACAAUCAAUGAUGUUUUUGUUGGGAUUUUGCCGAAAACUCCCUUCGCAAAGUAACAUAACAUUGGCCUGAAUGAAAAAUGUAGAGCCAGAAUAUAAUAGGCCAUAAAAGAUUCAUUCAUUAAACACUCACAACAGUGUUAAAAAGAGAGCAGCAGCAAUGAUUCCAUUUUCUUUGCCACCAGCAACAAACACACCAUGAAUAUCGUCAGAAUAAUACAAACAAUCAGGGUUUAACGAAAAAACCCCCACAUAGGUCCUUACAUCAACUUUAAGUAGCUUCACUGCUCUUGCCUGCAAAGAGCAAAAGCUACUUAAAUUCAUCAGAAACUCCAACACACAAGCAAAAAAAAACAUACCCACGAAAAGGUCCUUAAAACCACAACAAAAUUUUCCAAGGCCCUUGCAACAAAAUAAAUAAAAUAAAAAAAUGACUGAAUUAUAUUUUAAGGACAUAGUAGCCAAAGCAGAAAAUAUCUGCCAAACUACAGCUCAAUAUACACACAAUCAUCGAUUUCGACGAAGAGAGCCCUUCAACAUGGAAACCAUUUGUGCUCGCUUGCCAACCUCCUCUGCCAUCAGUCAUAGGCCUUUGUGGCAGUUACUGUUAAUGCUGGGCCUCUUAUUUCAUCAGACCACUUUGGUAACAGCGGAAUUGGUACGCGAGCUCGAUGUCUCUGAGGGAGUGCCAGUGGGCCAUCAGAUUGGCUAUAUAGGCGAACAGCUGCCUGGUGUGAAUAGUGGUCCCCCCUAUUUGAUAGUGCCCGUACCGGGCAGUGGUGUUGACACCGACCUAGCCAUUGAUCCCAAUACGGGUGAGAUACGGACAAAAGUGCGCUUGGAUCGCGAAACCAGAGCCUCCUAUAGCCUGGUGGCCAUACCCAUGAGUGGCGAGAAUGUUCGCAUUUUAAUACGAGUGCACGAUGAGAACGAUAAUGCGCCCACGUUUCCGACCGCGGUUAUGAAUAUCGAAUUUCCGGAAAAUACGCCGCGCGACGUGAAAAGGACGUUACAUCCAGCCCGCGAUCUGGAUCUCAAUCAGUUCAAUACGCAACGUUACAACAUCGUCUCGGGUAAUACGAACAAUGCCUUUCGCUUGUCUUCGCAUCGCGAACGCGAUGGGGUGCUCUACUUGGAUUUACAGAUCAAUGGUUUUUUGGAUCGCGAGACAACACCAUUUUAUAGCCUGGUCAUAGAGGCUUUGGAUGGAGGCACUCCCCCCUUAAAGGGUCAAAUGACCGUCAAUAUCACCAUACAGGAUGUCAAUGACAAUCAGCCAAUUUUCAAUCAAAGUCGCUAUUUUGCCACUGUGCCCGAAAAUGCCACUGUGGGCACUUUGGUGUUGCAGGUCUAUGCCACCGAUGCGGAUGCCGAGGAAAAUGGUCUGGUGGAGUAUUCCAUCAACCGCCGCCAAAGCGACAAGGAGCAUAUGUUUCGAAUAGAUGCCAAAACAGGAUGGAUUACCGUUAAUAAACCUUUGGAUUUUGAGACCAGAGAGCUGCAUGAAUUGGUGGUGGUGGCCAAGGAUCAUGGGGAGACCCCAUUGGAGACCACAACGUUUGUCUCUAUACGAGUCACCGAUGUCAAUGAUAAUCAGCCCACCAUAAAUGUGAUAUUCCUAAGUGAUGAUGCCACGCCCAAAAUUUCCGAAUCUGCUGAACCCGGAGAUUUUGUGGCCCGCAUUUCGGUACAUGAUCCUGACUCCAAGACCGAAUAUGCCAAUGUCAAUGUAACCCUCAAUGGAGGUGAUGGCCAUUUUGGUUUGACCACUCGUGAUAACAUCAUCUACUUGGUUAUAGUCAAUAUGACUCUGGAUCGUGAAUUGACUCCCAACUAUACCCUCUCAGUGGUGGCCACCGAUAAUGGCACUCCACCUUUGCAUGCGUCCAAGACUAUUUAUUUGCGCGUUACCGACAUCAAUGAUAAUGCCCCUGAAUUCGAGCAGGCCAUCUAUCAUGCAAAUGUUAUGGAAAUUUCCGAUCCUGGAAGUUCGGUUCUACAGGUCUAUGCCUAUGAUCGCGAUGAGGGCAACAACUCUGCAGUGACCUACAGUCUUUUGGAUACUCCCGACACACAUUCGCAAUGGUUUCAAAUCGAUCAGUAUACGGGCGUGAUAACAACGCGCACCCAUAUUGAUUGUGAAACGGAACCGGUGCCCCAGCUGACCGUGGUGGCUCACGACAAUGGCCAUCCGCCAUUGUCCUCGACAGCCACAGUGCUUGUGACCAUACAUGAUGUCAACGAUAAUGAGCCGAUUUUCGAUCAAAGCUACUACAAUGUGACAAUAGCAGAGAAUGAGACGAAAGGAAGGUGUAUUUUAAAGGUGUCAGCCAAUGACCCGGAUUGUGGCGUUAAUGCCAUGGUAACCUACACCAUGGGUUCAACUGCCAGAGCCAUUAGCGAGUUUGAGGUACGCCCAGCUUCAGGAGAGAUAUGUGUAGCGGGCGAAUUGGAUUAUGAAAGGAAGAGAGUUUAUGAGUUUCCGGUGGUAGCCACCGACAGAGGUGGCCUUAGCACCACAGCCAUGAUUAAAAUUCAUUUGACCGACAUCAAUGACAAUCGCCCCGCAUUCUAUCCAUCACAGUACAAAGUCUCUUUGCGUGAAUCAUCCGCGGCCAGCGCAUCAUCAUCGACUGGCAAUAGUGCGCCGACACCAAUUGUCACCGUUAUGGCUACCGAUCCAGAUUCAGGGCGCUUUGGUGCCCUCACCUAUCGCAUUGUUGGCGGCAAUGAUGCCAGUGUCUUUCGCAUUGAUCGUGCAACCGGCGAAAUUUUUGUAAAUCGCCCCAAUAUGUUAUCGACGCGCACGCAAUCGCAACAUGUGUUGAACGUAUCGGCGAGCGAUGGUGGCGGAUUGAGGACACAACACGAUGCUCUGGUAUAUGCGAACAUAAUCGAUGCCACGCAAAGACCACCAAUAUUUGAGAAAUUACGUUAUAAUUUUUACGUAAAAGAGGAUGUCAUGCGUGGCUCUGUCGUUGGCACAAUACAGGCAACUAGCACAGAUGCAGUCAAUCGUAAUGCCGUUCAUUAUGCCAUAUACGGUGGUGAUAGCGAAGGCUAUUUUUCCAUAGACGAAAACUCCGGCAAUAUACGUGUGGCCAAUUUGUUGGAUCGCGAAGUCAAGGGUCAAGUAAUGCUCAAUGUGGAGGCCAGCAUGAGCCACACAGCCCAUAGGGGUUAUACACAGGUUAAUAUUGUAAUCGAAGAUGUUAAUGACAAUGCACCCGAAUUCGAGACGAAUAUCAUACGCAUCUCGGUUCCAGAAAACUUCGAUUUGGCCAAACCUUUGUAUGCCGCUUAUGCUAAUGACAGGGAUUCUGGUAAAAAUGGUGAAAUAUCAUAUAUAUUGACAAUGACGACAACGACAGACACAUUAAACAAUGUCACGAUGUCCACACUGGCAAUGGUCGGAGGAGCAUCUGCCUUGACUUCUUCACAGCAGCAGAGCUUGUUGGUGGAGCAGGCACAGCCACAGCCACAUCAACUUCAGAAUAAUCAAGCUUCUGUCUCAAAGUCUCCCCAUUCUGGCCACGGUCAACAGAUAUCUGCAUAUGGCACUGCUGCAAAUGGAGGUGCUGCUGGCGGCGGUGCUAGUGGUAGUGGUAGUGGUGGUGGCAAUGUUGGCUUGGGUUCUAAGUUACAAAAUCUCUUUACUAUCGAUGCACGUUCAGGCCACCUAACAUUGUCACGACACUUGGAUUACGAAACUUCACAGAGACAUACGUUAAUUGUCACUGCCAUGGACGCUGGGCAGCCACGUUUAUCAAGCAAUUUAACCAUUGUCGUGGAAGUACAGGAUGUCAAUGAUAAUCCACCAGAAUUUGAACGUAAUGAGUACCAUGUAAAAGUGUUGGAAUCAAUGCCAGUUAAUUCACAGAUUGUCCAAGUGACAGCCAUAGAUGCAGAUACUGGCAACAAUGCUCGCAUCACUUAUCGCAUCUUGGCCAAUAAUAACCAGUUGGCAGCAACAGCAGGAAACAGUACGCUCGCGAAGACAAAAAAUAGUAAUGGCCUUACCUUGAAAACUAAAAAGCAGCCUGCCUCCAGCACCUCCUUCACCGCCGACACAGAUGGUGUAUCCUCCAUGGAUGCAGAAAUAGCUCAAAUAUUUGGCAUAUAUCCAAAUAGCGGUUGGAUCUAUCUACGUUCGCCUUUGGACCGAGAGACACGUGACCAUUAUGAACUGCAUGUGGUGGCCAGCGAUAAUGGGUCACCGCCAGCCCAAACCAGCACACGUGUGCUGGUGCGCAUACUGGAUGCCAACGAUAAUGAUCCACGUUUCCUACGUCCAUCAUAUGAAUUCAGCAUUGAGGAGAAUAUGAGUCGCGGCUCCUUGGUGGGCAUCAUUGGUGCUACCGAUUUGGAUUUGGGCGAGAAUGCGGCCAUCAGAUACAGUUUAUUGUCGCCAAAUAGUUCGUUUCAAGUCAAUCCACUUACGGGUGAAAUAACCACACGCGAACCAUUGGAUCGUGAAUUGAACUCUGUGUACGAUCUAGUUGCGGAGGCUCGCGACCAGGGUACACCAUUUCGCAGUUCACGCGUCUCCGUCAAAGUCCAUGUAACCGAUGUCAAUGACAAUCAACCGAAGAUUGUCGAUCCGCAGGAGGAUGUGGUCAGUGUGCGCGAAGAACAGUCGCCCGGCACUGAGGUGGUGCGCAUACGUGCUGUCGAUCGUGAUAAUGGACAGAAUGCAUCGAUCACUUAUUCGAUAUUAAAAGGUCGUGAUUCGGAUGGCUUUGGUCUGUUUAGCAUAGACGCCAACACGGGUGUCAUUCGCACGUUGGUCGUGUUGGAUCACGAGGAGAGGAGCAUCUAUCGCCUGGCGGUGGCUGCCACGGACGGUGGCAAUCCACCAAAACAAUCAAUACGUUUGCUGCGUGUUGAGGUGUUAAAUUUGAAUGACAAUCGGCCAACGUUCACCAGUUCGAGUCUAGUGUUUCGGGUCCCCGAAAAUGUUGCCAUAGGCCACAUCGUUGGCUAUGUUGCUGCCGGUGAUGGCCGCAAACAGAAUAUGAUCUUCAAUGAGGAUAAUCUAUAUGUCACCUACACUCUGGCGGCACUCUCCAAAGAUGUGGUGGAGGGCGCCUUUGACAUAGAUCGCCAUACUGGAUCUUUGGUGGUGGCUCGACCCUUAGAUCGUGAAGAACAAGCCGAGUAUCGUCUGGAAGUCAGAGCUCUUGAUACCAGUGCCAGCAACAAUCCCCAAAGUAGUGCCAUUGCUGUAAAAAUAGAAAUAACCGAUGUCAAUGAUAAUGCCCCCCUAUGGCUAGAGGAUCCCAUAGUGUUGCAUGUCAGUGAAUUAAUGCCUCCCGGAUCGGUUUUACACAACUUCACAGCCAGCGAUUUGGAUGCUGGUCUUAAUAGUCACAUACAAUACAAACUGGUGAAAUAUGGUCCCAAAGUUCUGGCGCCAAGCGAUAAAAGUAAUCAUAUCACCACCGAAGACAAAGAUUUAUUUGCUGUGGACAUUUUGACCGGAGGUCUUACCCUAAUGGGACCUUUGGAUUAUGAAAUGGUCAAAGAGUACAUACUCAUUGUCGUGGCUUUCGAUUUGGCCGAAAAUGUCACCGAACGUUUGCAGACCACCGUUACCGCCGUGCUCAAGGUCAUAGAUGAGAAUGACAAUGAGCCGGAAUUUGUUAUACCCCCAGUGCAAAAGGAAAGUCGCAAUCGUUAUGGAGUGCCCAGCAAAGUGCAAAUGCCCACCUCUUUGAUUUAUAUCAGCGAUAAUAAGCGCAUAGACGAUUCCCUUAUACAAUUGGUGGCCAUAGACAAGGAUUCUGGGAAUAAUGGUCGCAUAACAUAUGCACUGGAGAAUGGCAAUGAGUUGGGUUACUUUCGUUUGAAUUCGCAAACGGGAUCUUUGGAUCUCAUCAAAUCCUUGCCACCUUUUGGCAAUGUGGCAGAAGGCCUGGUGGAUGCGCCUGCACGCACCCUAAAUCGCAAUAAAUUUGAAUUGGUCAUAAAGGCUGAGGAUAAUGGUCAGGAUAAGGAGAAACGCAGCGCUUCGAUGAAAUUGCAGAUUUUGGUGCGUGGCACCAAGAGUAAUCCUCCACGCUUCAUGCAGUCCAUGUAUUAUGCCAAUAUAUCGGAAAAUUCACCAGCGGGUAGCUUUGUAUUGCAAGUGACGGCAAAGUCUUUGAAUAGUGGGGAGAAUGCUAAUCUCACCUAUGAGAUACCAACAGGUGUCGCCGAUAAUCAUUUUCACGUUGACACCCAACGUGGCAUUGUCACCACACGCGGCCAAUUUGAUCGUGAAACAAAAGCUUCAUACAUUUUGCCAAUUUAUGUUUACGAUGCCAAACGUUCGAGUGCCAAUCUAAUGGCCGUUGCCAACUCAGCUGCAAGUGCAACAGCUAUGAAUUCGGCUGCGGCAGCAGCUCGCCGUCAACAACGUUCAUCGGUGAAUGAGGCAGCCACUGCACAAAAUGGCCAAUUUGAUGUGGCCACUUUGCAUAUAACCAUAACUGACGUUAAUGAUCAUGCCCCGGAAUUUAGACCAGGCUCCUGCUAUGCCUUAUCGGUGCCGGAGAAUAGUGAUUUGGCGGUAAUACACACCAUUGUGGCCACGGACUUGGAUGCAGGAGCCAAUGGAGAGAUAGUCUACACCAUUAUAGGUGGCAACACUGGCAAUAAAUUCAGUCUUGAUAUGCACUCUGGUGAACUGACAGCUCGUCCUUUGGAUCGUGAACAACAAUCACGUUAUAUCCUACAAAUUCAAGCCACCGAUCGCGGUUCACCCAUCAGCUAUCAGGGCCAUUGCAACAUCACCAUUUUGGUUGAGGAUCAAAACGAUAAUGAUCCCCAUUUUGAACAACCCAAAUAUGUGACCAGUAUUGCCGAAGAUGUACCAGUGGGAACGAGUGUGAUGCGCAUCCGUGCUAUGGAUGAUGAUUUAGGUGUCAACGCUCGCCUGCUAUACACUUUGGCCAAUGAGACCCAAUGGCAGUUUGCCAUAGACAAUAAAAGUGGUGUCAUAACCACUGUGGGCCCCCUGGAUCGUGAACGUCAACAGUUGUACAAUUUCAUGGUGGUUGCCACCGAUGGUGGUCGUUAUGAUUCUCGUUCUGCCAGAGUGCCCGUACAAAUUUCCAUCGUAGAUGUUAACGAUAAUAAGCCCAUAUUCGAACGUUAUCCCUUUCGAGCUCAAGUGCCUGCCUUGAUACAACCAGGACAAACUCUGGUGCAGGUAACGGCCAGCGACAAAGACUUAGGCCUUAAUGCUGAGCUAAUAUAUUCGCUCAAGGAGCAGGAUGAUCCCUCGACAAGAGGAAAAUUUCGCAUUAACCCCAAUACAGGUGUGGUAAGCGCCUCACAAAGUUUGGCCAGCGAAUCGGGCCGCCUCCUACAUCUGGAGAUAAUGGCCCAGGACAAAGGACAACCUUCCAUGUCCACUGAGGGCUUGAUAGAACUGCUUAUAGGCGAAUUGCCGCAAGGCUCACCUACGCUGCGCUUUCAAAAUGACACCUAUCGAGUGAAGAUUAAAGAAAACUCCGAAGUGGGUCUGAAAAUGCUGCAGGUCAAUGCUCUACGCUCAGAUGGCAGAAGAACCAAGUUGGCCUAUUCAUUUGGCACAGGCAAUGGAAAUGGAGCCUUUAGCAUAGAUGCCAAUACGGGAGAAAUAAAGGUGGCCAAUAGCGAGGAAUUGGAUUUUGAACGUUAUGCUGGCAAUUCAAGAGAGGAAAUGCCCAAUUCGCACAAACUGUAUGCCAGCUAUAGAGGCCGCUCUAUGCUGUAUGAAGAUGAAGAGGAUAAUUCCACUACGGGUGCUGCUGCAGCCUUUGGCUUGGAUUCCGAUAUUGAAGACUCGGAAUUAGUGAAACCCUUUCGCAAUAAUAGAGCCUUGCGCCGCAGAGAAAUGGAUGAUUUGCCUGUACUAUUGGCCUCGGCCAUACAACCCCACGAAUUGCGCCUUAUGCUGGUGGCCCAGAGUGAAUCGCAUAGUGGCUCAAUGCCUUUGUUUGCCUAUGCCGAACUCAUUGUCGAACUCGAGGAUGUCAAUGACAAUAGCCCCAUCUUUACGCAGUCCCAGUAUGCAGCCACCGUGUGGGAGGGUAACAACAAGGGCACUUUUGUGGUCCAAGUGUCCGCUUUCGAUCAGGACUCGGGUACAAACUCCCGCAUCCUCUAUCACAUUGUGGAUGGCAAUCAUGAUAAUGCCUUUGUCAUAGAGCCCGCCUUUAGCGGCAUUGUUAAAACGAACAUAGUGUUGGAUCGUGAAAUUCGUGACUUGUACAAGCUGAAGGUGAUCGCCACUGAUGAGGGGGUGCCACAGAUGACAGGCACAGCGACAAUACGUGUCCAUAUUGUAGAUGUGAAUGAUAAUCAGCCCACAUUUCCACCGCACAGUGUGAUCAAUGUUGGCGAAGGCACUGAAUUAGGUUCAGUUAUUACCACCAUCUCGGCCAACGAUGUGGACACCUAUCCUGCCCUCACCUAUCGCUUUGGAUCGCUAGAGAUGCCAGAUCAACACCAGCAUCAGCUGCAGCUGCAGCACAGUGGCGAUGAUUUGUUAACGUCCGACAUCAAGUCCAUAUUUGCCAUAGAUCGCUACAGUGGCAAGGUGGUGUUGAAGCGACAUUUGGAUUAUGAGCAACAGCAGGAGUAUGAGUUGGAGAUCAUAGCCUCGGAUGCUGCCCAUGAGGCUCGCUGUACGCUGACAGUGCGUGUGGGAGAUGAAAACGAUAAUGCGCCGAUAUUUGAGCAGCCUGCCUACUUUGCCUUGCUGCCUGACUUGCAAUUGACAUCGAGUGCUGCCUUGAGCUCCGAUUUGGAGCUGUUGCGUGUAAAUGCCACCGAUAUGGACUCGGAGGAGAAUGAUAAUGCCAAAAUCAUCUACCGCCUGGAGCCCGAGAUCAAAGGUUUCAGUGUGCAUGAGCAAACAGGGGCGGUGUAUGUUAAUGUCAGUCGUUUGGCUGGUCCCAAUGCUGAGGGUCUGAGCGAGGAUCUUUUUGUAACCAUAGUGGCCCAGGAUAAGGGCACACCUUCUAUGAAAUCCUCCACCAUUUUGAGGGUCCAGGUGCAAGGUCAUAACUCAGCACGUGCCCAAUUCCUUCAAAGUCAUUAUCGCGCCCAUGUCAAUGAGGAUGCUCCUUUGGGUUCGGAGGUGCUGAAACUCAGUCAGGAUAUUUUGGAUGCCAACACCGAUUUCAGUGACAACAACCUCAUGUUCACCAUAGUCUCGGGCAAUGAAGAGGGCCGCUUUAAGGUCUUUCAGGGACAGGCCAUUAUACUGGUCAAACCAUUGGAUCGUGAGCAUAUGGAUUUGUAUAAACUACGACUGGUGAUCAGCGACCCCUCUGCCUCACCCCAGCAAUUGGCCUCCCAGGCUGCCGAGAAUUCCACCUCGGCCAUUAAUGUCUUUGUCUCCGUGGAUGAUUGGAAUGAUAAUGCCCCGCAAUUUGUCAACUCUUCGCGCUAUGAGGCCGAAGUCAGUGAAUUGGCCCCCUUGCGAUACUCCAUAGCCCAGCUACAGGCCUUGGACUUGGAUGCCGAUAAUACCCCCAACUCGGAGGUGGUCUAUGAAAUCACCUCAGGCAAUGAUGAGGGCAUGUUUACCAUUGACCUGGUCAGCGGUGUGCUUUUUGUCAACAACAAGCUGGACUAUGAUUCGGGUUCCAUGUGUUACGAGCUCAUAAUAAGAGCCUGUGAUAGUGCCUCCCAGCCCUUGUGUUCGCUGCGCUCUUUCCGCUUGUCCUUGAAAGAUGAGAAUGACAAUAGGCCCAUGUUUCCGGUAGCCGAGUUUAUAGAAUUUGUGGCCGAAAAUGAGCCUGUGGGCACCAGUGUGUUCAGGGCCCAUGCCACCGAUCGCGAUCGUGGCCCGUAUGGUCUGCUCAAUUACACCAUAGAACAUGAGGCCGUGGGUUCCGAUGAUGUAGCCUGGAAACUAUUUCGUGUGGAUUCUGAGACAGGCGUUAUAUCGACCAACUCCGUCUUUGAUUUUGAGCAGCGCAGCCGCUUUGACUUUCUGCUACGGGCCAUGGAUUCCGGUGGUAAAUCCUCCAAAGUCAAGGUGCGCAUACAGAUCGAUUCCCGUGAUGAAUAUGCUCCUCAGUUUACAGAGCGCACCUAUCGCUUCAUCAUGCCCUCUCCCUCCAGCGGCUAUCUACCUUUGGGCUAUGUGGUGGGUCAAGUGUCGGCUUCGGAUCGUGACAAGGGCCCGGAUGGACGAGUGGUUUAUCAACUUAGCUCCCAGCAUGCCUAUUUCAAGGUCAACCGCACCACCGGGGCUGUGGUGCUAAAAAAGAAGCUCGACGACAACUUUGAUGAUGGCCGCGACAUAAGCCUUGUGAUAUCGGCCAGUUCAGGCCGUCAGGGCUCCCUCACCAAUAUGACAGUGGUGGAAAUUUCCUUGGAUCCCUUGGCUGAUCCUGGCACUAAUUUGGCCAGCAGUGGCAUUGGUUCUUCAGGCGCCAGUGGAGGACUGGCGGAUUGGAUUUUGGGCCUCAUCAUUGCCCUGAUGUUGGUGGUAUGUGCUGCCGCUGGCAUUUUCCUAUUCAUACGCAUGCGCAGCCGUAAACCUAGAAAUGUGGUGAAGCCGCAUCUCAACACCGAGCCAGUGGGCAAUUCGAAUAGCUAUGUGGAUCCCAGUGCCUUUGAUACCAUACCCAUAAGGGCCUCGGGCCUGAACAAUCUCAACAGUGGCAACAACAAUCCCAGCACUUCAGGUGCCAUGGCCUCCGCCCAAUUUGCUCCACCCAAAUAUGAUGAAAUACCCCCCUACGGCAAUCAUGCGGGGAGUUCUAACUCCGGGGCCGCCACCACCUCGGAGUUGUCGGGAUCCGAGCAAUCGGGUUCAAGUGGUCGUGGAUCUGCCGAAGAUGACGGUGAAGAUGAGGAGAUACGAAUGAUAAACGAGGGCAACCUAAGGGCUGGAGCUGCCGGGGAAGAUGGCCGUUUGUCGGAUAUAUCAGUGCAAAAUACCCAGGAAUACUUGGCCCGUUUGGGAAUAGUCGAUCGUGAUAAUGAUGCCAAUGGCGGAGCUUCCACCACCAGCAUGGCGGGCUCAAAUAAGGAGGCCCACAUGCAUCAUCCCUUGCCCAUGGUGGAUUCGCUGCAUGCCAUGUAUGCCGAAGAUCCCAAUGCCGAAACGGACAUAACAAAUCUCAUCUAUGCCAAAUUGAAUGAUGUCAACGGAGCCGCCUCCGACAGGGCCAGUAGCAAUGACGAGGCAGCAGCAGCAGCAGCUGCCAAUAUGGCCACAGCGGUUAUGGGCUACAGCAAUCAUCCUGGGGUAAAUGCUGGCAAUGUGGGUCCCUCUAUGACAGGGUCCCUGAGUUCCAUAGUCCAUAGUGAGGAGGAGCUUAAGGGUAGCUACAACUGGGACUAUCUACUCGAUUGGGGUCCCCAAUAUCAGCCAUUGGCCCAUGUGUUUUCAGAAAUAGCCCGCCUUAAAGAUGACAAUGUCUCGGUGAACAGUGGACAGAGUGGAGGUUCCUCGAGCAAUAAAAGCAAACAAAGUCUGGCCCAUUCCAUAGCGAGUGUAGUCAAGACUCGCAUUCCCCCGCCCAUGUUAACAAAUGUGGCCCCAAGGGCCAUAAAUCUGCAGGUGCUCUCUGGCACGGGAGUGAAUAUGCGUAUGCCCGCUGGCAGUGGCCAUCAUAUGGGGGGUACAGCAACCACACAUUUGGGUUCAACACCGCAAUACAUAUUGCCACGAUCACCCAUCAACCAUGAAACAGCAGGAGGUUUUAGCACUUCAUCAGCCAUGUCACCCUCAUUUUCACCCUCACUUUCACCGUUGGCGACAAGGUCGCCAUCCAUCUCGCCGCUGGGGGGUCAUCAUAUGGUGAAUAUGCCCAGGCAUCAGCCACAAGCAACACAAAGAGGUAAAAAUAUGGUGGAGCAAAUACGAAUGUAAGCCUAUGAUGAAAGAGGUAGGGAUGGAAGUGAAAAGAAGAAGUAUAGACAACAACAACAACAACGUGAUUUAGUAUUACUAAGCUUAGACAUAUAAGUCAAACAAACACAUGCACUCACUCAUACAAGCAUAUACAUCGUACAUACAUAUACACACUAGAAACACUUAAGAGUGGUUGGAGUAGGUAUAAAAGGGGAUAAACACUCAAAGAAUAUACAAAUAAACAAUUGGUAGGUUUUUUUUGUUUAUUGGUGUAUACCCCCCUUGAGGCUUGCAAACCACUCUUGGCUGUGCUUAACCAGAACAAACAAAAAAUUGAAACUCAACUCAAUUCACUUCAUGUAAAUUAAAAAUUCAUUGAGUUCUCACAACUUUGUAAAUAUUUUCCCUUAGCUUAGCAAAAACAACAUAACAAUUGAAAACGAAAUGCCAUUAUUUUAAGUUAGAAAGUAUACGAAAAACAAAAUCGAUUAUCGAUUUACAAUUAUCGAACCUUUAAAUACUCAAAGUAAAAGUACACAAGUACACA